GCAUCAAGACAGUGGAGGAGUAUGGCCAUUUUCCACUUCGUCGGGACGCCAUCGAGGCCCAUUGCUAACAGUAAAGGAAGCUCAUCCUCUGAACUGACUUUUGGAUACAGAGAAAUACAUCAGACUGUCAACACUGACAAUGGUUUCCUCUCUUCAUAAAAGUUUUAUAAGAGCACUGACUAUCAUCUCUGUUAUUCUAUCUGGUACUAACAUCAGCAGCACCAAUACAACAGUCACACCAGAGAUGACCUCAGCUGCUGGUACUAACAUCAGCAGCACCAAUACAACAGUCACACCAGAGAUGACCUCAGCUGCUGUUACCAACAUCUUCACCUCCCAUGAAAUAUUCACACCUGAGAUGAGCUACGCUGCUGCUACUAACAUCAUCAGCCCUGAUACAACAGUCACACCAGAGACGAGCUCAGUUGAUGUUCACGGCAUUAACACCAGCUCUAGAACCGAUACACCAGUGAACAUCUCAAUUGUAUCUUUACAUUUGGAGAAUUCCACAACAUUUACUAGUUCCGCUUCAUCAGAUUAUUUGCUGGCAGUCACUUCCACAACAUCUAGCAGUCCCACUACUACAGCUCCUUUACACAUGGUCCCUUCCACAACAUCUGCCAGUCCUACUACUACAGGUGAAUGUGUUGCUGAACUGUAG